CAUGAAUAUUACAACAUACGUAUUAUACAGUGUAUACACACUAACACACACACGCACGCACACAUUCUUAGCCGACGACAUACUCUUUAGAAAAUAGUGUGUCCGGUAAAUAUUCGUUGAUUACCAAAAAUAUAAAGUUUGCGAAUUCUAUUUUCUUGUAAAGCUUCCGUUGGGGAUUUUAUCCGUUCGAUAUUUGUUUAGUGCCCCUCCUACCGGUUAAUCGUACAACGUAAAUUUACGUACGUACGCGGAAUAAUCGCAUACCAUCAUCUACACGUCUGCCGCUGUUGUCGCCGUUCAACCCAUCAAUUGUUCGUGUUGUUGUCAUAUUAUCAAAAAGAAACCAAAUCUGAACUGCCGUUUCUCAAAAACAACAACAGUUUUGUGUAUUGCUCGGACAGUAUACGAAUCAUGCCAAUAUCUUUGUCGUACAGCUGAGCACACGAUCUGCCGCCACUGUUGGAAAAUGUUAUAGCAGGUACCGAUAGCUUAUUAAGAGUAAUCGGGAAAGAAUUUUGGACAGUUCAAUACGAUCAAACAGUAACAGAUAGAUAUUUUAGUCAAAUGGCAUUGCCAAGUCGAGCGCGGGUUUACGCUGAUGUCAAUUCUCAUAAACCAAGAGAGUAUUGGGAUUAUGAAUCAUAUACUGUUGAAUGGGGGCAACAAGAUGACUAUCAAUUAGUAAGGAAACUUGGUAGAGGUAAAUACAGUGAAGUUUUUGAGGCAAUUGAUGUUACAAAUAGUGAAAAAUGUGUUGUUAAAAUACUGAAGCCUGUAAAGAAAAAGAAAAUCAAAAGAGAAAUUAAAAUUCUUGAAAACUUACGAGGAGGAACUAAUAUAAUAUCGCUUCAAGCAGUCGUAAAAGAUCCUGUAUCUCGAACACCAGCUCUUAUUUUUGAGCAUGUAAACAAUAUGGAUUUCAAACAACUCUACCAAACUUUGAAUGACUAUGAUAUUAGAUUUUACCUCUAUGAGUUGCUCAAGGCAUUAGAUUAUUGUCAUAGUAUGGGUAUUAUGCAUCGUGAUGUAAAGCCACAUAAUGUGAUGAUUGAUCAUGAAAAUAGAAAAUUGCGUUUAAUUGAUUGGGGUUUAGCUGAGUUUUACCAUCCAGGUCAAGAAUAUAAUGUCCGGGUAGCUUCCAGAUAUUUUAAGGGUCCCGAAUUACUCGCUGAUUAUCAGAUGUAUGAUUACUCAUUGGAUAUGUGGUCUUUGGGUUGCAUGUUAGCAAGUAUGAUUUUUCGGAAAGAACCAUUUUUCCAUGGUCAUGACAAUUAUGAUCAACUUGUACGUAUUGCUAAGGUUCUUGGAACAGAAGAACUAUUUGAAUACUUAGAUAAAUAUCAUGUUGAAUUGGAUCCAAGGUUUUCAGAUAUACUAGGAAGACAUUCAAGAAAACGAUGGGAACGUUUUGUGCAUAGUGAAAAUCAACAUCUUGUUACACCAGAAGCUUUGGAUUUCUUAGACAAGCUUUUACGUUACGAUCAUUUUGAAAGGUUAACUGCUAGAGAAGCAAUGGAUCAUCCAUAUUUCUAUCCAGUAGUAAAAGAACAGUCAAGAAUUAACUUGGGUGCAUCCUCAGUAUCUCCAACACCAAUAACAGCUGGAGGAAAUGGCAUAACAUCGCCAAAUGCUGUUGGUGUACUUCAGUGAGAGUUCCUCGACGAAACAUGCUGUUUUUUUGCUUCUGGACAAAGUUUUAUUAAUAAAAAAAUUAAAACAACACCUUUUUCUCAGGAAUAUCACACUUAAAAACAUUUUUGUUUAUUUUUAUUUUUUACUUGUAUUAUUUCUAUUAAAAAAAGGUUAUUAUUUAA